GAUCCACUUCCAGGGAGGUUGUAUGGGAGGAUAGCCUUCUUCUUCCAGCGGGGAAUUGGAUUUGCUGUCGACGUCCAGACCCAAGACGGUGAUCGCGUAGGCACACUCGAAAUGCCAUCCGAUCGCGCACAACUUUUGCCCAAACAAAAGCCCACCGACGAGCAUUACGGUUUUGUGUAUCUACCACAUCAGCAGGUCUCCAUGCCUGUCGUCACAUGCUUACUUUUAACCGGCCAACAUGGACUCAAACCCCUUUUGGUACAAAUGGUGUGUUGA